AUGGCCGAUCCACUGUCGUGUCUCCGCGCGGCGUGCUCCGUCUUUGAGGAGGAGCCACUGAAGCUUGUGCAACUGCGCAGUAGCGAUGGAUUGGUGGUUGAAAAUAUUUCAGAUGCCCAGCAGAUUGCGCUGCAGACGGAGCAAGACGCACCGGAAGUUGUGUUUGAAAAAGACGCACCUACUCGCGUGAUGCGCGCGCGCAACGUAGACACAGAGCACAAGGAUUCUUUCUCACCAGAAUCUGAUCCUGAUCAGUUUUUUACGCUUGCUGCGCUUGUGUUUGCCGUGCAGCAGUGCGCCGAGCGUGCAGGUGCGUAUAUGCGCAGCGCCAACGCGGCCCAAAUUAUGCCGUUGCCGGCACUCGAACGCCCAGCGAUACUAGAGUAUCUAAUGGGAAAGCGCGAUGCGCUUGAAAACGUGUUCAUUCCGGAUGCGGCGCAUGCAAAGACGAACACUGCGCAAGCAGACGCCGUUUCUGCGCCAUCAGAGCAGCCCGGUGCGGCGCCACAAAGCAAAGAAGAUGCUGCAGUCGUGACACGGAAGCGUGCCUAUGUACCCGAUGUUGCUGAUGCUGAAUUUGUGAGGCAACUGCGCACGAAAUACGAAGUAGUUUUGCUCGACCGGAACGACGCACUCAAAGGCACGCUGUCCUUGGCGGGUGACGCCGACGGCAAUGCAACGCCUUGUGCGUUGGGAGACGGUACCAAGGUCGGACCGACGCCUACCGACGUGUUUGGCUUGCGUGCGAUGCUGGUCCCGAGGCUGGAAAUUGCGAAGAAGAAAAUGGGCUCGUCCAAAUCCACGCAGGCAUCGCAGCUUUCGCAGCAACGCGGUGCAAAUGCUCCAUCAAAUGUACGCAAGACGCGUGCACAGGACCCGAUUAUUUUGCUCUCCAAUUCGCCUACAGCACUGGUCAACAUGUUUAACGUAAAGGCGCUUCUACAAGACGGUCUGUUUGUGCCCCCCGAGGAAGCACGGCGCAACGCCAACGGUGUCUCGGAGCCCGUUAUUACCAUUCAAACACGCUCAGAAGACGAUUCUGCGAAUACCUCUCGCUCUCAACCCUCGCGCCGCGUACUGGUUGUGGACAAUGCCGAGGCGGUAAACCGACUUGGGAGCGGCAUGGUAGGGAGUGAUCAGGAUCCUUGGAAUCGGGUGAUUGCUGUAUUUACUACGGGCCAGACGUGGCAGUUUAAAGGCUACCGCUGGAGCGAUCCUCGAGACCUGUUCCGUCAUGCCAUGGGCGUCUAUGUGCGGUGGAACAACGAGGCGCCCAACCCGCAGAUCCGCGAUUGGAACGUCACCGAUUUGCAGGUGGACCGAUCAAAACGGCAUACAGAUAAACAGCUGGCAGCAUUUUUCUGGCGUACGCUGGACAACUGGGUACAGCGCAAGAAACCCCGGAUGCAGCUUUGA